AUGGGUAAUACCUUCUUACUUUCUAAUGUGAUCAACGCAACAAGGUUUUCCAGAAUCGCCGAGAGGGUGAGUAAAGAUGUCCGACUGGGGCCGAUUUUCGUGGCGGUGGUUCUGUUCAUACUGCUAACGCCGGGGCUGCUGGUACAGGUUCCGGGAAGAUCACGGUUCAUUGAGUCCGGCAACUUUCAAACCAGUGGACUAUCCAUUUUGGUGCAUGCAAUAAUUUACUUUGCACUCAUUUGCAUCUUGCUCUUAGCUAUUGGUAUUCACUUGUAUCUCGGUUAA